GCCGUGGGGCUCCGAGCAGCCGGCUGCACUGUCGCACCGGGAGAGCGCGGGGCGGGGGACGAGGCCGCGGACAUUUUGCUGCCCAGCCGAGCCGGGCCGUGCCGUGGCGCCGGGAGCCGUUCGGACCUGCGGACCAUUCAGAGACCAAUUUUCCACUUCUUCGUACGUUUUGAAGUGCUGCUCAGAAAGUGCGUGUGCCAUCGAUCGGAACAAGUGGUCAUCUGAAGGAGCCAUACAACAAAAUAGCAUCAAGAAACAAUUUCCGUCACCCCGAGAGUUCUUUCGUGACCCCUUCAAGCCAGUCCUUCCCUCCUACAAGCAUCCACUGAGCUGACCUCUGGCACCAUAGAGUCUGGCCACAGAUAAGGGACCAAAAUGACCGACUCAAAAUAUUUCACCACAACGAAAAAAGGGGAGAUCUUCGAGCUGAAGGCAGAGCUCAACAGCGACAAGAAGGAGAAGAAGAAGGAGGCGGUGAAGAAAGUGAUUGCAUCAAUGACAGUGGGCAAAGAUGUCAGUGCCCUCUUCCCUGAUGUGGUAAACUGUAUGCAGACGGACAACCUGGAGCUGAAGAAGCUGGUGUACCUGUACUUGAUGAACUAUGCCAAGAGUCAGCCUGACAUGGCCAUCAUGGCUGUCAACACCUUUGUGAAGGACUGUGAGGACCCCAACCCCCUGAUCCGCGCCCUGGCUGUGCGGACCAUGGGCUGCAUCCGCGUUGACAAGAUCACGGAGUACCUGUGCGAGCCACUCCGGAAGUGCCUGAAGGAUGAGGACCCAUAUGUUCGCAAGACAGCGGCUGUGUGUGUGGCCAAGCUUCACGAUAUCAACGCCCAGCUGGUCGAGGACCAGGGCUUCUUGGACACACUUAAAGACCUCAUCUCGGACUCGAACCCCAUGGUGGUAGCAAAUGCAGUAGCUGCCCUCUCGGAGAUUGCCGAGUCUCACCCCAGCAGCAACCUCCUCGACCUGAACCCUCAGUCCAUUAACAAGCUGCUGACAGCCCUGAACGAGUGCACUGAAUGGGGCCAGAUCUUUAUCCUGGACUGCCUGGCCAACUACACGCCCAAGGAUGACCGAGAGGCCCAGAGUAUCUGUGAGCGGGUCACCCCCAGGCUCUCCCACGCCAACUCUGCUGUGGUGCUGUCUGCUGUGAAGGUGCUGAUGAAGUUCAUGGAGAUGUUGUCCAAGGAUCUGGACUACUACGGCACGCUGCUCAAGAAGCUGGCCCCGCCCCUGGUCACGCUGCUGUCAGCUGAGCCUGAGCUGCAGUACGUGGCCCUGCGCAACAUCAACCUCAUCGUGCAGAAAAGGCCCGAGAUCCUGAAGCACGAGAUGAAAGUCUUUUUUGUGAAGUACAACGACCCCAUCUAUGUGAAGCUGGAGAAGCUGGACAUCAUGAUCCGCCUGGCCUCCCAGGCCAACAUCGCCCAGGUCUUGGCAGAACUUAAAGAAUAUGCGACAGAGGUGGAUGUAGACUUUGUACGGAAGGCUGUGCGAGCCAUUGGCCGCUGCGCCAUCAAGGUGGAGCAAUCUGCGGAGCGCUGUGUGAGCACGCUGCUCGAUCUCAUCCAGACCAAGGUGAACUACGUGGUCCAGGAAGCCAUCGUGGUCAUCAAGGACAUCUUCCGCAAAUACCCCAACAAGUAUGAGAGCGUGAUCGCCACCCUGUGCGAGAACCUGGACUCCCUGGAUGAGCCCGAGGCCCGGGCCGCCAUGAUCUGGAUUGUGGGCGAGUACGCCGAGCGGAUUGACAAUGCGGAUGAGCUGCUGGAGAGCUUCCUCGAGGGCUUCCAUGACGAGAGCACCCAGGUCCAGCUACAGCUGCUGACAGCCAUAGUGAAACUCUUUCUGAAGAAGCCCACGGAGACCCAGGAGCUGGUGCAGCAGGUCCUCAGCUUGGCCACUCAGGACUCAGACAACCCCGACCUGCGGGACCGUGGCUACAUCUACUGGCGCCUGCUCUCCACGGACCCAGUGGCCGCCAAGGAGGUGGUGUUGGCCGAGAAGCCGCUCAUCUCGGAAGAGACAGACCUCAUCGAGCCCACGCUGCUGGACGAGCUCAUCUGCUACAUCGGCACGCUGGCGUCCGUCUACCACAAGCCGCCCAGCGCCUUCGUGGAGGGGGGCCGGGGCGUGGUGCACAAGAGCCUGCCGCCCCGCACCGCCUCGAGCGAGAGCACAGAGAGCCCUGAGACAGCCCCUGCUGGAGCGCCCUCUGGUGAGCAGCCAGACGUCAUUCCCGCCCAGGGGGACCUGCUGGGUGACCUCCUCAACCUGGACCUCGGCCCCCCAGUGAGCGGCCCACCCCUGGCCACCUCCUCGGUGCAAAUGGGAGCUGUGGACCUUCUCGGCGGCGGCCUUGACAGCCUGAUGGGGGAUGAGCCUGAAGGGAUCGGGGGCCCCAACUUCGUGACACCUCCAGCAGCAACAGUACCAGCUAACCUAGGUGCACCCAUGGGCAGUGGCCUGAGUGAUCUCUUUGACCUGACCAGUGGCGUGGGCGCCCUGUCAGGAUCAUACGUGGCCCCCAAAGCAAUCUGGCUCCCCGCCAUGAAAGCCAAGGGGCUGGAGAUCUUGGGCACCUUCACCCGCCAGGUGGGCUCCAUCUCCAUGGACCUGCAGCUGACCAACAAGGCCCUGCAGGUCAUGACCGACUUUGCCAUCCAGUUCAACCGCAACAGCUUUGGUCUGGCCCCCGCUGCUCCCCUCCAGGUCCAUGCGCCGCUCAGCCCCAACCAGACCGUGGAGAUCUCCCUGCCUCUCAACACGGUGGGCUCAGUCAUGAAGAUGGAGCCUCUGAACAACCUCCAGGUGGCUGUGAAGAACAACAUUGACGUCUUCUACUUCAGCACCUUGUACCCGCUGCACAUCCUCUUCGUGGAGGACGGGAAGAUGGAUCGGCAGGUUUUCCUGGCCACGUGGAAGGACAUUCCCAAUGAGAACGAAGCCCAGUUCCAGAUCAGAGACUGUCCCCUCAAUGCAGAGGCCGUGAGCAGCAGGCUGCAGAGUAGCAACAUCUUCACAGUCGCCAAGAGGAACGUGGAGGGUCAGGACAUGCUCUACCAGUCCCUGAAGCUGACCAAUGGCAUCUGGGUGCUGGCGGAGCUGCGCAUCCAGCCAGGCAACCCCAACUUCAUGCUGUCCCUGAAGUGUCGAGCACCCGAGGUGUCCCAGCACGUGUACCAGGCCUACGAGACCAUCCUCAAGAACUGAGGCCCCGACCAGGGCCCACCCAGCCUUUUGCCAGCCCAUUGAGGAGCCCCCUGUGGGGUGACAGUCCCUCCUCCCAGGAGGGGCCUGGCAAGGCUCCUAGCCACCCACAGGGCUUCCUGGUCCUGACUGCAGGGCCCGCCUGGGUCCUCAGGGCAGGGUGGCACCCCUCCUGGAGUGAAACCUCAGUUUCUCCCAGGCUCGGAGGACCCCUCUUCCACUGCUGCUGACAUUCAGGGUCAGUGAGGAGGAGACCAGAGGAGACGGAGCCAGAGCAGUCACCGAGGCUGAACCGUGAGACCGAGUUCUCUUCUCUCCCUGGUGCCUGGGGGCGAGUACAAAGCUUCCUUCUCAGGCUCCCAGCCCAGGAAGCGCCCUGCCCCUCAGUCUCCUGGGUUGGUGUUAGUGACCCUCCCCCACUGCCCACUCGAGUGGGACGGGCCCUGCCAGGCUGUCCUGGUGUGUGUGGAGGGUCCCCUUGGUACCAGGAGAGCUGCUUUGUCAAUCAGGGGUUCCCAGGACCUGCACCUCCCCCGCCACCCCCACCUCUCUCCCUGCGUCCACCCAGCUGAGGCCCAGCAGUCAUGCCUGGUGGGCCACAGCCUCUCAAGAGCUGACCAGCAUGAGGAGGCCAGGCAGAAGCUCCCAGAGCCCUGCCCAGGCCCCUGCUCCCUUGGCAGUUGCACACACCCCUCCCACCCCCACGCGCUCCCUCUCUGCCCUGAGGGCGGUCACUGCCCGGGGUACAUUCCUCAGUGUCCCCUAGGCUCCCAGAGCCGAGGGGGUGAGGGAUGGGGAACAUAGGUGAGCGGGGUACCUCCUGUCCAGGGUUUCUCCUCCGUGUCUGCUACCCUCCUCCUGGCCUCCCAAGUGUCAGUGUGUCUGACGGAGCAUUAGGUUUUCCUGUUACUGCUGUUUAAUAAUAAAGAGUCUGCUUUUGGCAUCACGGACCCUUCUUUCCCUUUCCCCCCAAUGUCAGCAUCGAAAGCUGCCUCCAAGUGGUUGAGGGUGAUUUUCUGAGCCCUGCAGAAACUAUAUGUAAUAUAUAGAGAGAGACUAUAUAUUGUAUGUUUACUCUUAUUUUCAAAAAGAGAAAGUGAAUAAAAAUGAUGACAUCAA